GGGGUACUGCGUGAGCGGCAGCGGCAGGUCGCGGAACCGCUCCGGCAGCGCGCUGCUGUCGCCGUUGUCGUUGUUGUCGCCGUCGCGCUCUGGCCCGGGGCUCGCCGUCGCUAGGGCGUCGGCGAUGAAGGCGGCCAUGACGAGGUCGCCCUCGUCGGUCUCGGUGUAGGUGGGCACCGUUUCAUCGUCGCCGCUGUUGUCCAUGUCUGCGACGACAAGUCUUGUGUUUGAGUAUUUAUUUGGGUUGGCGAUGAUAUUCAGGAUUGCGAAUCGGUGUCGGUGCUGUGAGUCGGGUCUCGAUUCGGGAAAAAUAGAAUCAAUUGUGUGGCCUGCAAUACCAGGCUUGGAAAGGUGCUAGUUGGCUCUGAAUAAGUGUUCUAGAUGAAAGCUAAAUGUAACGCCCAAUCUGUCUCACGCAGCGCCCGCAUGGUAUUUAUGGCUGAAGCAGUACCAAAUGACAUUACCGGGACAAACACAUUU